AGCACUCGCUAUCAGAAUAGAAAUCGGCCACAGAGAAGGAGAAGCAACGAGCUACGGAAACCUCGGAGCAAUGUUUGGAAUGCUUGGUGAACAUGACAAAGCUCAAGAGUGUCUCUACACAGCGUUAUCAAUAGCAAAGAGAAUUGGCUGCAGAAGAAUUGAGGCCAAUAUGUAUGGAAACUUAGCAGGUUUGUUUUUAUCGCGUGGUAAAUUUACAAAGGGUGAGGUUUAUUUAGAGAAAGCACGUGCAAUGAGAAUGGAAACCGGUGACAGAGAAGGACAAGCGGCAGAUUACAGAAACUUUGGCCUUAUUUCUUGUAAGCGUGGUGAAUAUACUAAGGCUCAAGACUAUUUGAAGAAGGCCCUUGCCACUCACUUGGACUUGGGCCUCAGAGAAGCUGAAGCAAUCGAUUACGCACAGUUAGGAACAUGUUUUGUAUCCCUUGGUAAUUAUGACGUGGCUGAAAGUUACCUUCAGAAGGGUCUCUUAUUAAGCAAGGAUAUUGGACACAACCUGACUGAGUUUAAGUGCCUUUGUAAUCUAGCAGCGUUAAGGCUAUUACAAUUCGAUUUUAAAGAGGCCUUUUCGUAUCUUUAUCGUUGCACUGACAAAUUGGAUACUUUGCGAGGUUUUAUUAAAGACAGCGAUCAGAUUAAAAUAUCUCUUUUAGAGGAGUACGGUGCCCAUAUCUACCAGGAGCUCAGUUGGUUACUUUCGUCGACCGGGAAUCCACAAGGCGCUCUUUACGUCGAAGAGUUGAAACGGGCAAGAGGCCUAGCCGACUUAAUGGCAGCUCAAUACUCUGUUAAAGAGCAGAUUUCAGGCAACCCACAAUCUUGGUGUGGCAUUCAGAACAUUAUCGCAAAGGAAACUGACUCUACAUGCCUUUACAUUUCGGUUGGUAAAGCGGAUGUACGAUUUUGGAUUCUCAAAGCAACAGAAGCUAUUCGUUUUACAGAAAAGGAAGCAAGCCCGAUCAAAAACGAAGAGACUGGAUUAGUCCCUGACUUAGAUGAGUUUUUAAAAGAAAGCUUCCGCAAUCCUGCAAAAGACAUCACUAAAACGAAUCUCCACCUGUGUCACAAGAUAAUCAUCGCCUCUGUGGCCGUUUUACUGAAAGAGCCUGAGAUUAUAAUUGUCCCUGAUUCUUGUAUGUACCAAGUGCCAUUUGCAGCCUUAACUGAUAAAGAGGGCAAAUAUUUUUCGGACACAUUUAGGAUCCGCAUCGUUCCCUCCUUGACUACUCUGAAGCUCAUUCAGGACAGUCCUCCUGAUUACCACAGUAAGAGUGGUGCGCUGAUAGUCGGUGACCCCGACGUUAGAGAGGUAUUGUACCAAGGUAGACGCACGUUAGUAACACCAUUGCCACGUGCAAGAAAGGAAGCAGAGACGAUUGGAAGUCGUCUUGGCGUCAAGCCCUUGAUUGGAGACCGCGCAACAAAACAGGCUGUACUUCAAGCGAUAAAUUCAGUAAGCCUGAUACAUUUUGCUGCCCAUGGUAGUCCUGAUAGAGGAGAGAUUGUUCUCUCUCCUAAAGGCCCCAUUGACGGUCCUCCACGAGAGAAAGACUACCUUUUGACGAUGCAGGACAUUUCAGAAGUUCAGGUGAGAGCUAAACUGGUUGUACUCAGCUGUUGUCACAGUGCACGUGGAGAGGUCAAAGCAGAGGGAGUUAUUGGGAUCGCCCGAGCGUUCUUAGGAUCUGGUGCUCGCUCGGUGUUAGCGGCACGAUGGGCACUGGAGGAUGAAGCAACAGAAGAGUUCAUGAAUUGCUUCUACGAUCAUUUGUUCCGCGGUAAAAGUGCCAGNGAAUCUCUUCACGAGGCCAGGAAGUGGAUGAGAAGUAAAGGCUUUGACAAAGUAUCUCAGUGGGCUUCAUUUAUGCUCAUUGGCGACAACGUGACAUUUGAUUUUGAAAAUUGGCCAAAGUCAACUACACCUUGGUAGGCACGAGUAAAGUGGACGGACUUGAUUGGAAUAAAAUGGACUUAGAAAGCUUAGAAAUGUCAAUUGUUUCCUUGUGGUGGAAGGACAUUUUCUGUGAGGGACGAAAAUGAUACAUCCAGCAAAACAGUCUCAAAAAAGCUCAUCUAACAGCUACUUGUAUUUACCUGGAACAGAAACCUUAAUGUUCUCUUUAUGGAAACUUGGAAAUUAUCAAAUUAUAAAAGCCCUUUUUUUCGAAAGUGUUAAAUUAUGUAGUCAAGCGAAUUGAGCUCUGAUGAUAUUUUUUUAGAAGCCGUGAUUGGUUGGUUAAGUAAAUCGAAUUUCAAGUUAUUUUUCCGCAAAGAUAGUAAUUUUAGUCCAAACGAUGAAAUUUCAAGUAGUUUGUUUCAAAGAAGCUUUCCAUUAUUUGAUGUAUAUAUUCGGAAAUGUGUUUAUCACAAUAACUUUAAGAAAGCGCCGAGCGCUCUUCAUGUUUCCUUUU